AUGUUGGGGUCGACGGGGCUUGCGGGUAUGUGUGGUGACGAACACGUAGGACGUCGCUUCAGAGCAGAGGCAUCGGCCUCAUUUGCUGUCCACAAGCUCGCUGCAGUGUCGUCGCAAUCUGAUUCGAGCACCGUCGACGCCACGCAGGUCGUACCCCCUACAACCGACGCACCAGCACCUUUCAAUAAACCCACCGCCGACCUCAUCCUCCGUUCGUCAGAUGGCAUGAACUUCCGCGUGCGGAAGGCCAUACUCGCAGAGGCAUCUCCCGUGUUCGAGGAUAUGUUCAUGCUCCCUACGCCGCAGGACCCUGCCGAGUCGCCCAACAACCUCCCCGUAGUCCCAAUGACGGAAGACAGUCGCACCCUGGAGGGGUUGUUGCGUCUGUGUUACCCCUUCAACGACAUGCCAUCGCAGACGUUGGACCAAACAUCUGCCAUGUUGAAUGCAGCAAAGAAGUACGCUAUGGAUGGCGCCCAGUACUUCCUAUAUCAAAAGCUAUUGUCCUUCGCCGAAACCUCACCGGUACAAGUUUACGUACUCUCUGUCCGCCACGAACUGCCGGAGGUGGCAAAAGCCGCCGCACAGGCGUUCCUUGCGUUGACCAUCCCAAACAACGAAUUGAGGAAAUUGGCAAACCUUCGACAUAUCAGCGCUUCUGCCCUCAUGUGCCUCAUCGAGUACCGCGAGCGCUGUGUUGUCGCUGCCACGGGCGUUUUUGACAACUACGCUUGGAUUGAUGGGAAUAGAUGGUGCUGGCUCGAGACAUUUAUAUGCUGCCAAUGUCAUGUGAGAUAUGAUACGUUUGGAAAUGGUGUAUCCAAACUCCCUCGAGUAUGGUGGGUACAAUUCAUGGGACGCUGUCGAGGCCUGGUGAAGACAAACCCCUGCAUAGCCGAGGCUCUCAAGGACGCCGGGAGCUGUGGCAGGUGUGCCUCUCGUGCCCCAGUUGAACUGGAUCAAUUUGUGGUUUGUCUCAUGGCUGAGGUAGACAAUGCGGUCGCACAGGUGGAAUUAGACAUGGAAUGGUAGUCACUGCAGACCCUGCCACGACCACCAGAUGACCGCUAUCGUGCAGGCCAGGCGGCUGGUUCGAUUGGUCUCCUUGCACCAUAUACAGUGCCCCGCUCAGCAGAUGACAUGAAGCCGUCAAGUUUGCUGGGGAUGUCACUUUCUGGACGUCAGACGAGUACUUAGGUGGUUUUCAACCACAACCGUCUGAUGUGUUUAUUAUCCCGGCGCUUAAAAUAUGUCUUCCCAAAAUGACCGUUUUUGCGUGUAGUAUGCAUCGAGGACACGGCUUCAAACGUAUACAAGGCUCAUAGACACCAGUCUGAAUGCAGCGGGAAGGUGCUAGGCACUCUGGCACGGGUGGG